AUGCGACACGCCUUCCUCCUAGCUCUCGCAGCACUCAGUAGCUUCUGCUUAGAUGCUCUCGCAGCCCAAACUACCCCUAUUAGCCUCCCACUUUCGCGCAAGAUACAAAAACCUAUAGAGCGCGUCUCUGAUAGUGACCGCCAACGCAAGCGAGCUCUCAAGGCUCAGCGAGAACGCCAGUGGCCUCCUGAAAUAGCAGCAAAACGUAUCUCGCCGCGGAGUGGCCCGUCCGAUAGCGUUCAAGUGACAAACGCUGUCGUAACGUACACGGCCCAUGUAGAUGUCGGCGAUCCUCCGCAAACUUACGAACUGCUUAUCGACACCGGAAGCUCGAAUACCUGGGUCGGAAACUCCAAGCUAUAUCGGGCGACACUGGAAACCCGUCCAGAUGGCGUCAUACCCGGUCCAGUGGUCCUUGUUUAUGGAUCAGGCUUGUUCACUGGUGUUGAAAUGGUCGAACAGCUCUCCUUGACACAGCAACUCCGCAUCCGAAAUCAAUCCAUUGCUGUCAGCGAACCACCACUCCCGCAGGGGUUUUCUAACAUGGAUGGUAUCCUCGGUAUCGGACCCGUUGACUUAACCAGAGGAACCAUGAUUCUGGAAAAUGACCAGCACGAGAUACCCACUGUUGUCGAUAAUCUCUUCUCGUCCGGAGUCAUCCCUGCGCCAGUAGUAGGUAUUUACUACGAGCCUGCCACUAUCGAGUCAAGUGUCAACGGCGAGUUGACUCUGGGAGGUGUGGAUGAUACGAAAUAUCUAGACCAAGUUCACUAUACACCAAUCACAACCAGCACACCUGCCUCGAGUUACUGGGGCAUUGACCAGACCAUCGUUUAUGGCACAGAAACAAUACUAGCACAAACAUCUGGCAUCGUCGACACUGGAACCACUCUUAUUCUUCUGGCGACCGACGCCUUUUCCGCGUACAAAUCUGCAACCGGCGCUACAUACGACAACUCUACCGGUCUCCUAAAAAUCUCCACCGAGGAUUUCCAUCGUCUCAAGAAUCUGGACUUUCACAUAGGCGGUCAAACUUUUUCGCUCACUCCUGAUGCCCAAAUAUGGCCUCGAUUGCUGAACUCGGAUAUAGGCGGUGAUUCACAAAGCAUUUAUCUCAUUGUUGGAGAUCUUGGAACAAAUUCUGGCUCAGGCCUUGAUUUCAUCAACGGUUAUGGCUUUUUGGAGCGAUUUUACUCUGUUUAUGACACAGGAAAUCGUCGCGUAGGCCUUGCUGAAACCCAAUACACCAACGCGAAGCUGUCAGCCAAUGCAACCCUGGAUUGGGUCUCCUGCUACUCUGGUCUCCAAUGCGCCUUGCUUCAAGUUCCACUAGAUUACACUUUUGGAGACUCUCGAAAUGCGUCGAUUGCCAUUACCCGCAUUCCCGCGACGGCCACAGACUCUUAUCUAGGGCCUGUCCUUUUCAAUCCUGGUGGCCCCGGAGGCAGUGGCGUGGCUGCAAUUCUAUCGGCUGGCGCAUCCUUUGCAGAGUUUCUAGGUCCACAGUUCGACAUUGUUGGUUUUGAUCCCCGAGGCGUUGGUUUCUCCCAACCAUCUGCGAGCUUUUUUGCCAGUGCAGCGCAACGGGCGUUUUGGUUACCUGAAGACCUGAACCUACGCUACCCAGCCCUUGAUGCUAACUCGGAGGUUCUUUCGAAUCAAUGGGCACAAUACCAACUUGUGGGACAACAGGCGAGACGGCAUGACACCACCAGCGUGCUUCAAUAUUUCACCACAGACAAUGUUGCUGAAGAUAUGCUCCGAAUCACGGAGGCCUUUGGAUUCGAGAAGUUGCAGUAUUGGGGUGUCUCGUACGGCACAGUCUUGGGACAGACCUUUGCAACGUUGUUCCCCGACAAGGUCGGCAGGAUGGUCAUCGAUGGUAAGGUAUAUAUCCGGCUUGCUUUCGAGUCUGAAUCACUUGAAGGUGUUAUGGAUGGCGAGGCCUGGUUUAGCGCCAACAUAACCGAAUCUUUGACGGACUCCGACAAAGCUCUACAGGAUUUUUUUGAUGGCUGCUUUGACGCUGGGCCUACGGGAUGCGCAUAUUACGACUCGUCCCCCAACAAGAUAGCCAACAAUCUCCAAAGUCUUUUCCAAACAUACCACCAACAACCACGACCCGUCCUCACAAACGAGUCUCAUGGCGUCGUCGAUUAUAGCUUCCUGAGAAAUAUCGUCUUCGGCGCGACUUUCAGCCCGUACGGCGGGUUUGCGCCCUUAGCAGAGAGACUAGCGGAACUGACCGGCGGAAAUGCAACCAACACUUAUGCUCAGUAUCAAGUUGAUGAGUUCAAGUGCGAUUCCUCUGCGAACACUAAUGUUGGGAGCAUCUUCGAGGCGGAAAUUGCGACUACGUGCGGGGAUGCUAAUUCGCUAAGUUAUCGAGUUUUGCUGAUAUAUGGGCAUCUUGGCGAAUCUGGUGCUCAGGCUGGAAAGUUCACCGUCCGUCGCGUUUCCAAGGCACGUCCUCUUGGCGCCAACACAAGCUUUCCGCUCCUUGUCAUCGGUAACACGGUGGACCCCAUUACGCCUCUUGUGUGGGCGGCCAAAGCCGUCAAACUGUUUCCUGGCUCUGUGUUGAUCACACAGAAUUCUCCUGGACACACCUCUCUAGUAGCGCCAUCGAAUUGCACACAUGGUGCUUUGGCCGCUUAUUUUCAGGACGGGACACUCCCCGCUGUUGGGAAGGUCUGUGAAGUUGAUGCGGAACUCUUCCCCAAAGCGAACGUCAAGACUGGGAAGGAAGUGCGAAGGGGACUUGAGAAUACUAUUCGCUCGAUUGCAAAUGGUGUUCGCAUUGCAAACAAAGGCGGAAGAUUGGCCUUUUCCCUUAUGUCGCGCCAUGUCUUCCGCCAGCUGCAGCUCCUCAUACCAGGGGCGGCCUUGACGUUCUACCUCGACACUUUUGCUCACCUGAAAGAAACCCUCGAGGACACGCACUCAUGGGCCCGGUCGGCAACCAUUGCAAGCCUCGGACUUCUGGGGGCUGUCAUUGCUAUGUUCUCCUAUAUUAUAAUCGCGUCGUGGACCCAAAUUCAUGGCGUCCAACCUGAUUUCCGUUCAUGGCGUGCUUCGGGGGUGCUUUCUAGAGUAAUUCCAGUGCUCACAUUUUCGAUCGUCUCUGGAUGGCUUGGAUUCACGAUAACAUUCGGCCAAACCACCAUGGGUUAUGUCCGUGGUGCCAUAGCUGCCUCAGCGUUAUUCGCUACCACAUUUGGCUGUCUUGGACUCAUCCCCGCGAGACGCAUUCGAGAUCAGAGGCCCGACUAA